AACGAACUGAUGGAUGAAGAUGAGAAGGACAGGGCAAAGAGGGCUUCACGCAACAAAUCUGAAAAGAAGAGGAGAGACCAGUUCAAUGUCCUCAUUAAAGAGCUUUGCACGAUGCUGCAGGGCCACGGCCACCCUCUCAAGAUGGACAAGUCCACAAUACUGCAGAGGACCAUCGACUUCUUACAGAAACAGAAAGAAAUCACAGCACAGACAGAAGCCUGUGAGAUUAGACAAGACUGGAAGCCUUCAUUUCUUAGCAACGAGGAGUUCACCCAGUUGAUGUUAGAGGCACUAGAUGGCUUUCUCAUUGCUCUUACCACUGAUGGGAUUAUUAUUUAUGUAUCUGAUAGUGUCUCGUCUCUGCUUGGACACUUACCGUCAGAUUUGGUGGACCAAAAUAUAUUAAACUUUCUGCCUGAGCGGGAGCAGAGCGAGGUGUACAAGCUUCUUUCUCCACAUGUGCUCAUGACAGAUCCUGUUGCAGCUGAUUUUCUAAACGCGGAAAAACAAAUAGAGUUUUGCUGCCAUUUAGCAAGAGGCAGCUUAGAUCCAAAUGAACCCCUGAUGUAUGAAUAUGUGAAGUUCGUAGUGGAUUUUAAAUAUUUUACUCAUGUGCCUACACCCUCCUGUAAUGGCUUUGAGUCAGCUAUUGCACGAGCUUUCAGGUCAGCCACGGAGGAGCAGAUUUGCCUCGUAGCAACUGUUCGUCUCGUCACACCGCAGUUCUUAAAGGAGCUCUGCAAUGUUGAAGAGCCAUGUGAAGAAUUUACAUCGAGGCAUAGUUUGGAAUGGAAGUUUUUAUUCUUGGACCACAGGGCUCCGCCUAUUAUAGGAUACUUACCCUUUGAGGUUCUGGGAACGUCAGGGUAUGAUUACUACCACGCAGAUGACCUGGAGCUUCUUGCUAGGUGCCAUGAACACUUAAUGCAGUUUGGAAAAGGCAAGUCCUGUUAUUACCGCUUCCUGACCAAAGGCCAGCAGUGGAUAUGGCUGCAGACACACUACUACAUCACCUACCACCAGUGGAAUUCCAAACCUGAGUUCAUCGUUUGCACUCAUCUGGUAGUUAGUUAUGCAGAAGUUCGAGCUGAAAGAAGGCGAGAUCUUGGCCUUGAAGAGUCAUCAAUUGAGCUGGCAUCCUCUUCUCUAAAGAGCCACAGCAGCUACCUGGACGUGGGGCAGUGUGGCAGCAGCCAGGACGCCAGCCGGGAGGGAGUGUCACUGUCAUCCCACAGCUCCCGGCGCUCCUCGCACACCGCCCUCUCCGACUCGGCGUCCACGUCGUCCAUGCGACACACGGACACCAGCACGCCCACCCGGCCCUCAGUGCCGGGGGGACAGGCGGAGAAGGCAGCCCUGCGGCUGGCAUCAGCUGGAAGCGCUCAGGCCAUAGCAACUCCUCAAGCCCAUGGUGAACACCUCCCUCAGCAUCCCGUGGCUCAGCCGGCAGUCCCCUCUCAGCACGCUGUGAUGCCAGUGUACCAUUUCCCGACCCAGCUGGGGAUGAUGCAUCAGCUGAAAGAGCAGCUGGAGGAGAGGACUCGCAUACUGCAAGCUGACAUCAAGACACAGCAGGAAGAGCUCCACGUCAUCAAGGAGCAGCUCCAGCUAGUGCAGGACUCCAACCUGCAGAUGCUGAUGCAGCAGCCGAUCCCGGUUGUCUUUAACAACGUGCAGCACCCGAGCCCCAGGAGGCCACCGCCGCCGCUGGGGACGCCCAGGCAGACCGCAGCCAAGAAGUCACAACAGCAAGGCCUUUUGGGGACAAAGCACUACUGCGGCACCCACCUGCCGUCACCGCGCCAAUUCCUCAGGGACCCCUGUGGCACAGCCGCCCAGGUACAGCAGCAGCACCUAAUGAGAGGAAACCAAGCCCAGCAAAUGUGUCUGCCGGGGCAGACGAGCAUUUCAGUGCCCCUCUACAACAACCCCAUGGUGUUUUCACAAACGCAUCCCAUUACAGUGGCUGCACAGAUGCCGACUGACGGCAGCGAAAGGCAACCGCAGUCUGACUACAGCCAGGACAGGAGCCUCAGGAUGCUGUUGGAUCAGUCUAUCCAAGCCCUGAUGCCCACUGCCAACGGCAGUGACCAGUCUACACAGAGCAGUGCCAGCAGGCAGCAAGGAAAAUUCGUUGCAGAGCAGCAGAUCUUGCCUCCCCCAAUACAGAUGCAACCGAUUACCUGUAGCACCGUCCGACCUCCAGCCCCAUCGCCCAUUUUCUCCCCGUCUCUGAUGAUCCCACACACCAGCUUCACAUCCCACCAGGCAAACACGCCGGUUCAUCUCCACCAGUGGCCACAGCAACAGGUUCAGCAGCACCGUCUCUACCUUCAGAUGCAAGGUCCUGAGCCGGUGCCUGGGGGUCCGACACAGCGCAUUUUCCAGCCCCCCCCCACCCCGCAGCAGAACCCCCUGAGCUAUUUCCUCCACCCGCAGCAGCAGAGCCGACACGCGCAGAGCCAAGCCUGCAACCUGCCGGACCUGCCUGAGAUGCAGCUGCCCUGA